AUGUUUCGUCAGAGCACGGAUUUGCGGACGGGGGAGAUUGAGUGGACGCAGGGGGAGCUGCUGGGGGAGGGAGCAUUCGGCAGGGUGUAUGCGGGUCUGAACCAGCAGACGGGCGAGCUGAUGGCGGUCAAGGUGAUGCAGCUGAUCAGCCACCAGCUGAACAAGGAGGCCGCGUACCAGCAGCUGAAGGACCUGGAGAACGAGAUGUCGUUGUACAAGAAGCUCCGAAACAAGCACGUGGUGGGGUUCAUCGACGCGCGGUACGACCCGGAGACGUCGGCGUACUACAUCUUUCUGGAGUACGUACCUGGCGGCUCCAUUGCCUCCAUGUUUAAGCGGUUCAAGCUGCAACGCUUCUCCGAGGACCUGGUUCGCAACUACACCCGCCAGCUGCUGACUGGGCUGGAGUACCUGCAUAGCUGCAAGAUUGUGCACAGGGACCUCAAGGGAGCCAAUGUUCUGGUUUCCCGUGACGGAGUUGUCAAGCUGACGGACUUUGGAGCGUCCAAGGCCUACCGCGACCAGACCAUCAAGGAGUGCAUGAAGUCCGUCCGCGGCUCCUUGUACUGGAUGGCUCCCGAGGUCAUUCGUGGCACGGGCUACGACAGGCGAGCCGACAUCUGGUCCCUUGGAUGCACCGUCAUAGAGAUGCUGUCGGGCACACACCCCUGGCCCAAUCUGGAUAACCAGUGGACCGCCAUGUUCACGAUCGCCAAGACGGAGGAGGGACCGCCGCGGCCGGUCAACAUAUCACCCGAGGCGGCACGGUUCCUGGACCGCUGUCUGCAGUUCGACCCCGCCAAGCGGCCAACCGCCACGGAGCUCCUGCAGGUGCGUGUGCGUGUGUGCGCGUGUGUAGAUGGUAACGCUGCUGUCGUCAGGGCGUGUGUUUCAAUAAGUUGA